AAAUUCCAUGAUCCCGACGAUAGUCAUUUGAAUAAGAGUGCAUUCAAAGAUAAAAAACUCAAUCGUCUGUGGGCAAAGGCGGAGGUAUCAGGUUUCACCAAAGAAGAACUGGAUUCACUUAAGCAAGAGUUUCAGCAUCAUCAGGAUAAAGUGGACGUUUACUAUAGUUUAUUAGAAGACAUUGGUACCGCGGAUGUUAAAAAACAUGAAAAUGCAAUAAAUGAAGAUGAACUAGAGAUAUUUAAUACGAUUUCAAGUGAUCCUAACGACAAUGAAAUUAACACACCUGAAAUGAAUUUAAAAAAAUACGAGACUGAUAUCAACAAGCUACGUGAUCAUCAUCGUGGCAUUAAGGAUCAUUAUGAUCGCUUGGAGCGUUUGAUUUCAUCGGGGCCGCAUAGUCAAGACUUUAUUGAGCCGAAAGUACAAGGCUUAUGGCGGGUUGCUCAAGCUAGCAACUUUACUGAAAAGGAAUUAAGCUCUAUUAAAAACGAAUUACAUCAUUUUGAAGGCAGGCUAUUAAAAUUGCGAAAUCUUCACGUUGAGCACGCGAUGCAAAAGGAGAAGUACAAGGAUGAAAAGCACAAGGACAAAAGUGGUCGUUUCGACGAAAUGGAAGAUCAUAUUAAAAAACAAACUCGAAAAGUUGAGAAAAUUCAAGAUACCAUAGAAAAGACAAUUUUUCGACACACUGAGCUGUAGUGUCUUCCCGGCUUCAAUGAAUUUUGAAUAAGUACACAUUUAAGUACAUAUUUGAAAAUUAAAGUUCGAAUAUCUCAAAGUAAUUUUUAAGUAAAAGAAGGCCAAAUUUGAAUGUAGUUUUAUAGUGAAUGUAUAUACUAACAUAUUAACAUUUUCUUAGUUUUUUGAUAUUGUUGAAUAUAAAAAUUUGUGCCAGAAGCACUUAUACAAAAAAUAAAAAAAACACAUAUAUAGUU